AUGGCGACACUGAGGGAGUUGUUGAAAGUGCAAGAUAGAAUGUUUAAGAAUUUAUUCGACUCAUUGUUGGCCAAAGUAAACGCACGGCUAGAUUCCGUCAUCGGCCAAGUCGCAGAAAUCAAAGCUAGACUAGAUAUUUACGAGAAAGACACCAGCGACUUGAAGGUGAACUUUGAGUUCUCUCAGAAAGAUAUCAAGGACUUGAAACCAUGCUCAUCCCGAUUGCAUGAGGUCGAAGAAGAGAUUGAAAAGAUGUGCGGUUCCCUCGAUUACCACACUGUUAAGAUCGAAUAUCUGGAGAACCAAAGUAGAAGGAGUAAUAUUCGAAUAGACGGCAUUCGAGAGCAAGAAGCAGAAACCUGGGACAACACCGAAACCAAAGUAAAGGAGAUACUCAAAGAGAAGCUUAACCUCGAUGAAGAACCGGAUAUCGAGCGGGCUCAUCGAGUCGGCAGAAGAGCAAAUGCUACAACUGGCUCCGUAAGACGUCCAAGGACCAUCGUUUGUCGCCUCCGCGAUUGGAAGCAACAAGAACAGAUCAUCAGAAGUGCAAGUAGAAUCAAACCCCCUGGAAUUUUUGUUAAUGACGACCUGGCACAAGAAACCCUUGACAAGAGGGAAGAGCAGCGUCCUAAGUUUGAAGAAGCGAGAAGAAACGGGAAAAUAGCCUAUUUCAUU